AUGUCUUCCUCGACCAGUAGUUAUAACAGAAACCAGAGUGUCGCAGAGGAGAUCUCCUCAACAAGAACAACGUCAAUCUCAGAUUCAAAGUCGCACGGUUCUACGUUCUCCAGGCGACAUUCCCCGGCAUUACGCCCGGCAAAGGUGGCGAAGAAAGAUCACGAGGACGUGGCCCUUUUUGGCAUCGAAUCAAACCGUGCCGAUAAAAGUUGGUACUUCCCUUUCAAUGCUGCCUUAAAUAUCGAAGCCGAUCAUACUUUGCUUUGUUACCAUCCUCCUCCAGAGGCCUCGGAAUUUGCCAAGAACCAGAAUUCGACGCCGCUUGGAGAUAAACAGGCGCCAUCGUCAGGCAAGGCAUCGACCAUGAGUUCUUAUCCGAAUCCAAGUACAACCGACCAGCUAUGUGAUCAGUCUCCAAGCGCAGAAACACCCAGUUCUCACGGAAGCUUGGAUAGCGUGGAUAAGUACUCGGAUGACGAAGAUAUAGAUCUCGAGAAAGCGGCAGAUGAUGCUUUAUCGCAGUGGUUCGGGCAUAACCUACAGGAUGACGAAUUUGAUGCCACCCCCGGAGACACACAUGAUGCUGGAGAGAGUUGUAGAUCCGCUCGUGCUAUCCGGCCCCUGGGCGAUCAAUCUGAAUCUUCUCCGUCGGGAGGUUCCAUUCUUCCAGGUGGGAGAACAUCACAGUCUGGUUCUCCCCCGCAGAACAGACUUAGUGUUAAAAACAGGAAUAAAAAGUAUCGGGUUCAAGAGGGAUUUAGCUGUCCAUACAGGAAGCGGAACCCCAUCAGGUUUAAUGUUCGCGACCAUGAGAAAUGCGCCAAUAGGUCAUUUCCUAAUAUGACGGAGUUGAAGAAGCACCUCACAUCAGCCCACUUUAAAGAUAGAUGCCCUCGGUGCCAGGCUGCUUUUUCGUUGAGUUCUGAAUUAAUGAUACAUAUACGACUUUGCCCCUAUCCACCUGGAUCUAUACCAGGUACCCAGGAUUCUGAUCCCGAAGAUGGCUUUGGAGAGACAGUCGAUAUACAAUUAAAGAGCAGGGAAAUGGGUCAGAAGAUUAAAAAUUGGGUGCACCUGUGGGAAGCUCUAUUUCCGAGAGAUGGCAUGAUUCCCGACCAGAAUUUUGACCCUGUCAUGGAAGACUACGAAGUAUUUGAUCGUUAUGAAUACGCCAAAGGGGAUAUUGCGCAGGACGUCAGCGCGCUUCUCGUAGACAAAACGAAAUUUUGGGCGGUAGAUCAAGAAGACCUUUCCCAAAAAAUAACGAAUCUACUUCAAGAAAAGGUAGAGACGAUUUUGGCACGACCAAAAGCUUUCCGCCAACGUCGGGAAAUUCCUGGCAAAUCACCAGAAACCGGAUUCGUUGAGGUUACAGAGGACAAUGUAACCAGCGAUACUUCUUUUGGGUCUGACUUCCAAGGAAGCAUGCUUAGUACGCCGAGGUGUUCCCCGCUAGGCAAUAUUAUCGGAGAUGCACAAGAUGAACAGCGGUACGUACACGGAUCUCAACAUAUCGACUUGCCAUCAGGGUCUAUGAACGCAUGGUCAAUGGAUGAUAGGUUCGACUUUAUGCUCGAUAGCGGGAUUAACUCUCAUCCUGACAAUUUGACCGGUUUUGGUGAGCCACAGAUGUACAAUAAUAGCCCCAUCGUAGCGUAUGAUGGUGCUCCUUGGCUUCAGCGGGAUCCGACUUCGAACCAGAGCUCUCUAGCUCUUAUGGAUACAGUGUCUCUUACUAGUAAUACUAGCCAGCCAACUGUAUCCAAUGACCUCGAUCUGGCCAAUUGGGACAUCGAUAACAAUGAUCAAAUUUUUAUCAACAACUUGGAUGACGUGAAUAUGGGGUUCGGUCUGUCGGGGAACUGA